UGUCUAUCACCAUGCGAGCUCAUAGGCUCGGCAUCGCUUUUUUGCCUUUGUCAACUGCGAUACGUCUCGGCAUUCGUGAGGGAACACAUUUCGAGUGCUCGUACGCUGUGCAAAAGCGCUGAACCAAUUAGUGACCUGGCGCUGAGCACCAUCAGCCCAAAGUGCUGCCAGCUGAGUCGCAUUGCUCGCGGCGGUGGACAAAAUGACGCAAUCGCUGCUACCACUCCUUGGUGCGGCCGCCGGUGCCAUGGUGCAGGUGCUUAUAAUCGCUACUGUGGGCUACAUUUGUGCAAAGCGCCCAAAGGACCCGGCGCCGCUGCUGACACCAGACGCCCUCAAAGUGAUCAGUCGCGUGGCGAACGACGUGUUCCUGCCGUGCCUGAGCGCGGCGGUGCUCGGCGCGCGCAUUAACGUGGCCAAUCUCAAAGGCGACUGGGUGCUGCUGCCCGCCGGCGUCGCCGCUACAGCACUCGGUUACGCCGUCGCGGACCUUACCGCAGCAAUACUACGACCGACGCCCGCGCUGAAGCCGGCGUUGCGGGUCGCCAUAGCCCACCCGAACGCGUUCGCCCUACCUCUACUGAUUCUCCAGUACCUCUGCGAGCGUCCAAGUGUCAAAGAAGAGUUCGACAACGACGAAGCCGCCUGCACGGCCGAAGCCGCGGCGUCUCUGUGCCUCUACCUGACGGCGUGGCACUUUGUCUUCUGGAGUUAUGCGUAUGGCACGCUCGAGGACGCCGCGAAAACCCAGAGGGAGGAUCGAUCAAAAGCAGAGACGGCGAAGUUGUGGUGCAAGCGGCUGUUUUUGCAACCGAACAUGAUCGGGAUGUACGCCGGGGUUAUUAUCGGCGCGACGCCCUUGCGGCGACUAUUAUUCCGGGGCGACACGCCGUUAAGACCGAUCGGCCUGGCCCUCGAGACGCUGGGCGCGCCCGUCGUGGCGGUCACGGUGAUGAUCAUGGCGGCGGCCCUCGCGAACGGCCACGCGCGGCGUAGAAGGACGAAGCGCGAGUUUUCAUCUGUCGUCGAGAAUAAUAGUCAUGCAUCGAAAGAGGACACGCGCGACGUCGCGACGGCCGUCUGGUUCAUCCUCGCGCGUUUAGUGAUCGUGCCCGUCAUUGCAUAUCCCAUCUUCUCUGUGAUAAAUCUUCCGGGCGGCAGGAUGACGACGCUGAUCAUCCUGCUGGAGCUCGCAAUGCCCGGCGCGCAGACGGUCCUCGUGACGCUCAACGCGGUUGGAAGCGGGCACGUCGCCGAGGAAAUCGCGCCCUGGUACUUCCUCCAGUACGCGACGGCGAUCGUCACGCUGACGGCCUUUACGGUCUGGGCCCUACACAUUGUCUAUCGUUGAAGUUAAGUU